UUCUUAUUCAACUUCUGUAUGAAUUUGAGUAAGAAACUACUUUAAUAUUGUAGAGAUAAUAUGGAAACAUGAUAAUAAAAGGUUAGGAAACGUUUUGACCAAGAAAAAAAAGAGAUGUCAUCAUCUUUCCUUGAACAACUAUAAGUUUCCUCUCUCACCCACCAGUUUCGACAUCAUUUGCUUCAUUCGCAUCAAUACUGAGACAUGGAUACUCACAAGAGAGGACACAGCGACACUGUCUCAUCAUCCAACUCUAACGUUGGAUUUAAGAGGCCUAAGCAAGGAGUUAAACUACCGAUAGUAGAUCAUGAAAGAGGCCCAAACUUGAAGAAUGUGGAGAUUGAUGGAAACUACGAUCAGAUCAAUGAAGCGAAUGGGAGGAUGAGAGAGCUUAUAAGGAGGUUUGGAUCAGAUCCUGCUAAUUCUGCUCCCAGGAGCUCUUACAAAUCGGAGCUCUGUGAGAAAUUUGCUGCUGGGGAGUGUAAUUAUGGGGAUAGAUGCCAUUUUGCACAUGGUGUAGCUGAGCUGCGGGAUUGAUUAGUAGUUUGGUAUCUGCCAUGGGAGUGACCUCAAUGGUUUGAUGUUGUUUACCUUUUACUUCUUUUCUUCUAUUAAGUAACUGUUUGGAUUUUGCUUUGGUGUGGUCUGACUACAAACUUAACAUUGGUUGUGUCUUUCUGAAUUAUUGUUUUGAAUUAUAUCGUGCAUUUAACUAAAAUUUGAAACUUAAAAGCAAAGAUUGAUUGGAUGUUUGCUGAGCACUGAUGUGAACAUCAUCUCUCAGUUUGUUGAACACAUCAUGGGAACAUUGAAGAAGGUGCAACACAAACUUUUUUUUUUGUCAAACACAAACUUGAUUUAACUAGAAAUUUUUUAUAUUUAUAUAAGUUUUGAGUGAGAUUAUUAUGUAGUACAUCAAAUCAGCUUUACUUUUGGAGCAAUAAGAUCAUGAACAUCUUAAAAUGGGCUCAUUGAGAACAAAAGAUUUAAGCAUCUAGACUAGUUUUUAUUAUAAGUAAUCUAAAAUGGCUAUGUUAAUUAGUGAUUUAGACUACUAAACCACCAUAAUAUAACAUUUACGCAUUAAAUCACCAAAAUCAGACAUUUUUAACAUAAAUUAAUAGUAAACUACAAAAUUAAAUUAAAUAAAGAGAAUAU